AUGGAUCACAAAGUCACGACUGACUACACACGACUGCUUGGGAACGCAAACGUCAAGGUUUAUGUUCGUGCGAGACCAUGUGCCGAUGGUCGAAAAGCUCCCGAAGACAUGUUUGAACGGAAAAAAGAUAAUCCCAAUAAUAUUGUUAUCAAGGAUACAGAGCGAAUGCAAUAUGGAAACCAUGCUUUCAGUUUUGACAAUAUUUAUUGGACAGAUACUACUCAAGAGACGCUGUUUGAAGCGACGAGCAAAUGCUUAAUCGACUAUGCAUUCAAUGGCAUCAAUAGUUGUUGCUUUGCAUACGGACAAACAGGUUCAGGCAAGACUUUUAGUAUAUUUGGUGAACCGGAAGGAGAGAAAGUCGGACUUUUGCCUCGGUCAAUUGAGUAUCUCUUUAGCAUGAUCAACCGUCAACAAAACAAAACGAGGGAAGUUACUCUCGCUGUCAGCUUUCUAGAAAUUUACUGCGAUCGAGUCCGAGAUCUGGCACGAGCGUAUUUGAAGAAAACAGGUAGACCAGUGUCGUAUCAGACAUCUAGCAGUACCGAAUGGUUUCUACGUCAACAGUCACAUCAUAUUUCUCGGACUGACAGCACGACGAGUGUCGGCUCGAACCCAUUGAGACUUGAUGAAGACUAUGAUUAUGAAAAAGCCAAUUUUGAAAUUCAUGAGGACGCGCAGGGUCAAGUUUUUGUGAAAGAUUUAUCGAUGGUUACUGUGACUUCUAAAGAUGAGGUGGAUGCUCUUGUACAAUGUGGAUUACGAUUGCGAUCAACGCACGAAACAAAAAUGAAUGCUGUGUCAUCACGCUCGCACACAGUGUUUACCAUCCAUAUCUUUCAACGAGUCCAGGAUACGAGCGAAGUAAUUUAUGGGAUGCUGAAUAUGGUUGAUCUUGCGGGAUCGGAACGUCUGAAAAAAAGCGAAUCGGAUGGUCAACGAUUGAAAGAAGCAUUACAUAUCAAUUCAAGCUUAAGUGCUGUCGGCAAGGUUGUGAUGUCACUAGAUCCAGAGAGCGGGUACAACUACAUUCCUUACCGAGAUUCGAAACUCACUCGUCUUUUACAGAAUAGUAUUGGUGGUAACUGCAUUACAACGCUCAUAGCAACCAUUCAUCCGAUGAGAGAGCACUAUGAAGGUUGCUUAGAAACGCUUCAAUUUGCAAAUCGAUGCCGAUCAGUGCAGAACCAGCCUCGUGUGAAUCACAUUACUGGUACGAUUGUAGACAAAGAUCGACGUAUUCGUCGACUUCAAGAAGAAUUGAGUGUCUUGCGUCGACAACUUGAGGGAAUACGAAGUGAAUACAAUACUAAAUUUACUGCCACGCUUAAAGAACUUGGAUUUCAAGCACAAGAGAUAUCGGACGACGGCGAAGUAAAGUUUUCAAAUGGUUCGGUGUUUAAGUCAAUUUUAUCAGAAAGAGGCCAAGAAGCAGAUUUGAGCUCCGAUAAUUUAAUCAAAACCACAGGAUUUGGCCACACAUUUCUCGCUGAAGAAACUCAAGGUAGUGCCGACAGUAAUCGCUUACGACAGAAAUAUGCCAAUGCUAAAACCAAUUUCGCAGUGAUUGUAUCAGAAGCAAAGUCGGAGAAAGAGAUUGCACGUCGUACGAUCAACGAACAGAAACGACGGAUUGCAUUUCUUGAAAGCUCAUUACGUCAAAAAUCGAAUGAAUUUGAUCGUGCCAUGGUGUCGGAAGCAGCGCGACAUCGUGAAGAAAUGCAAACUCUUCUUCGUCGAAAUCAUCAGAUAGAUUGUAAGAGAAGUACCAACCAACAAGCACCAAUCGAUCCGCAAGUCGACGAUGUAUUUAGCUUUCAAGAUCGUGAAAAGCAGCUUGAAAAGAGCCUUCGCCAUCGAAUGGCAGUAUUGCAACAAUCGAAAGAGAACGAUAUUACUUUGAUUCAGCAACAGUUUGAACAAACGUUAGCUAGCAAAACUGAAGAGCUCAAAGCUGCUAACAAAAAAUUACAACAAUCACAACAAACAACUACCGAAACUUUUGAGAGUCUGCGAUAUGAUUGUAUCGAAUUAUACAAUUUCACUGGACGACUAUUAACUGCUUUAGGGUCACGUCAACGAGUAUAUUCACUCCCAAGAAAUAUACUAGCUGAUCCGACAAAGCUACGGCAUAUUAAAGCCAUCAUGACAACAGGAAUUUCAAACCUCAAUUUUUCGCCAAAGAUUGUUGGAAAUCAAUCAGCACGUCCUGCAUCUGCGCCAGUACGACGUCAUAAAGUAACAUAUGCAGCAGCGCUGCGUGAUCGAGUGAAUCAGCCACUUCAUGUCAACAAAUGA